ACGAUAUAUAUACCCUCAUAGACACUGUCUGAUCACCCGUGGUUGUUCUUGUUGUUGUUGUCAGUAGCAUCAUGGGUGCCGGAGGCAGGAUGACGGAGAAGGAGCGGGAGAAGCAGGAACUGCUCGGCCGCACGGGCGUCGGCGCGGCCUUCCAGCGCUCACCGACGGACAAGCCGCCGUUUACGCUGGGCCAGAUCAAGAUGGCAAUCCCGCCUCACUGCUUCCAGCGCUCCCUGGUCAAGUCGUCCUCCUACUUGGUCCAUGACCUCGUCAUCGUCGCGGCGCUCCUGUACGCCGCGCUGGUCUGGAUCCCAGCCCUCCCGAGCAUGCUUCAGCUGGGCGCCUGGCCGCUCUACUGGGUGGCCCAGGGCUGCGUCAUGUUCGGCGUCUGGGUGAUCGACGAUAUCGUCGGCCUGGUGCUCCACUCAUGGCUCCUCGUCCCCUACUUCUCGCGGAAGCACAGCCACCGCCGCCACCACUCCAACACCGGAUCGCUGGAGCGCGACGAGGUGUUCGUCCCAAGGCCGAAGGAGGCGCUGCCGUGGUACACCCCCUAUAUCCACGACAACCCCGUCGUCCGUGUGGUGCUCAUCAUGGUGCAGCUCACCCUUGGGUGGUACAUGUACCUGUCGCUCAACACCUGGGGCCGCCCGUACCCGCGCUUCGCCUGCCAUUUCGACCCCUACAGCCCGAUCUACAACGACCGGGAGCGCGCCCAGAUUUUCAUCUCAGACGUCGGCGUGCUGGCCGCGUCGUUCGCCAUGUUGAAUUUCGUGUCGACGUUCGGGUUCUGGUGGAUGAUGCGGGUCUACGGCGCGCCGCUGAUGAUCGUGAACGCGUGGCUGGUCCUGGUCACCUACCUGCACCACACCCACCCGGCGCUGCCGCACUACGACUCGACGGAGUGGGACUGGUUGCGCGGGGCGCUCGCCACCAUGGACCGCGACUACGGCAUCCUCAACCGCGUGUUCCACAACAUCACGGACACGCACAUCUUGCACCACCUAUUCUCCAAUAUACCGCACUACCACGCCAUGGAGGCCACCAAGGCGAUCAAGCCCAUCCUCGGCGAGUACUAUCAGAUCGACCGCACCCCUCUCGCCAAGGCCACAUGGCGCGAGGCCAAGGAGUGCCUGUACAUCGUGCGCGAGGACAGCAAGGGGAUCUUCUGGUACAGCAACAAGUUCUAGCCGCCAGGAUCCAUCAACCGUGCUGCAGGAAGAACUCAGGAAGAGAUCCAGGGCAUUUGGGCGGAAGGAAGACUAUUACCGUGGCUUUGCUCAGUUCCAUCUUUACUUUUUUCUCUGUGAUUUAAUCGCCGGACAUGGUUUGGCCGGCGGUCGUCCUUGGUGUCCGUGGCCAUUGACAUGGCCGUAUGUUGUGUGUGCGUCUGUCAUCUGCCCGUCCAUGCAUGCCGUGUUGUUGUAAACCAAUAAACCAUUUCGUGUUUAUGUCAGAUUUUUCAUAGCACACCAGUUC